AUGAACGGUAAGGGCUGUCACCUCUUGGUCUCCCCCUCUGGUGUACCCCAAUCGCUGGGCAUGAUCACAGGACAGCAGGCCCCCUCCAUCAGGAUGCCUAUGCGCACCACCCUGUCCCCGGGAUUCUGUGCCACCCUGAGCCCCUCUCCAGUGGGUAGCAGCUGGGGUAGAGGAGGGGGUGUCCACCACUCGCAGGUACCCCUCAGCUCCGGGACAAACUCUGGGAAUUCUGGGAGUUCUGUCCUGCUCCCUGCCCUGAGCCUCCGCAGGCAGAUGUUGACCAAUGGGAAACAGCCAAAUGUGUCAAGUGUCUCACAGAUGUCACGGCAACAAGUGCCCGCCCUUCAACUCCCACCCAUCAGCGUUGCAGCCACCAAUCAGGGCAUGGCGUCUGACUGCUCUGACAGUGGUGUCAAAGGUUACUCUGUCUCAGGACCAAGUAUGCAGGUGUUGGGCCAGCCAGCUGGUGCUAACCUCUGGGUCACCAGUAGUCCGAUGGUGGUCCAGAGCCUGGGCCCAGUGUCUCCUGUGAGUGCCCAGGCAUACACCUCAGGUCCUCUGGUACCACACGCCCCCCAAGACUCCCAACCCCCACAAGGCCUGAUGGUACCCUACACAGAUGCCAGGUCCUUGCUCUCCAGAGAGUCCCUGGCCUCCACCACCCUGAGCCUAGCAGAGACCCAGUCAGUUCUGAGUGGCAGACAGGAGUGGCCCUAUGGCUACCGAGUCCUUCCUCCACUCUGCCCACAGCAGGGCUCAACCCUUGGCAGCGAGGGGGGUGAGUUGCUCAGCAUGCCCCCUGGCACUGCCAUGUCAGGGAGCACCAGCAUCUCCAACUCUGCGUCCCUGCCUUCCUACCUGUUUGGCGGGGAUGCCAACAGCCCCCGGCAGUACUCAGCACGUUCCAAGAAGAGGGCCCUCUCCAUGUCCCCUCUGUCAGAUGGCUAUGGCAUCGACUUCAACUCCAUCAUCCGCACCUCGCCCACCUCGCUGGUGGCUUACAUCAAUGGCUCCCGGAGCUCUCCGGCUUCCCACCACACCCUUUCACCCCUCCAGCCUGAGGUCUAUGGCCACUUCCUGGGGGUGAGAGGGAGCUGUAUCCCCUAUCCUCAGUCUCCAGGCCUCUUCAGCCUCGCAGGCUCGACGCUGGCCCUGAUCCCACUGAGUGACCCCCACCCUGGGACGGAGUGUGGCCGCAUGCAGAUGCUGGAGCAGGGUGGGGCGCUGGAGAGCCAGAUGGCUAACAUGGUGGUGGAGCAGCAGUGUCUCCCAGAGGAGGGAGGGACACUACAGGAGGCAGCCAGGAGUGCUAAUGACCUGGUGCCAUCUCUACACUUUCAGCUAGAGUUAGCCACCAUCAUCAGAUCAGAUAGUCCACCGCAGGGCCCUCCGCCCCCCUACCACUCUCACCAGCACCUCCACCUCCACAGACCUCCCAGCCACAUCCAGGGCCAUUCCCAGGGCCCUGUCUCACAGGCUCCCCCAGCUCCCCCUGUGCAUGGGGCCAGCCUCCUGCCUCAUCCCCUGUCCCUGUUCCCCAUGCUGGAGGAAGAGGAGGGGGAGACAGAGGAAUACAGUGGGGGCCAUUGCUGCCGCUGGGUUGACUGCAGUGCUGUGUAUGACCAAAAGGAGGAGCUGGUAAGGCACAUAGAGAAGCUCCAUGUGGACCAGCGGAAUGGCGAGGACUUCACCUGCUUCUGGGCAGGGUGUCCACGCAGGUUCAAGCCCUUCAACGCCCGCUACAAACUCCUCAUCCACAUGAGAGUCCACUCAGGAGAGAAGCCCAACAAGUGCACGUUUGAGGGCUGUCAGAAGGCUUUCUCUCGGCUGGAGAACCUGAAGAUCCACCUGCGCAGCCACACUGGAGAGAAGCCUUAUCAAUGCCAGCACCCAGGCUGCCACAAAGCCUUCAGCAACUCCAGCGACCGAGCCAAGCAUCAGCGCACACACCUGGACACGAAGCCGUACGCGUGUCAGAUCCCUGGUUGUGUAAAGCGCUACACUGACCCCAGCUCCCUGCGCAAGCACGUCAAAUCCCAUUCCUCCAAAGAGAGGCAGUUGAGGAAGAAGCUGAGGUUGUCCGUUGACAUGAGCCAAGAGGCAUUAACGGAUUGCCUAACCAUCCAACCCCUGAAACCCAGCCUCUCUCCUCUGGACAUGAUUGACAGAAGGUUGGGCCAAUCCACUAGCCCCUCCCUAGAUCACUACACAGAGUUGCUGUCCAGUGGUCAGUCAAGCCACUGUGUGUCUCUAUCCAUCCCUGUCCCUCCAGCUGUUCCACAGGGCCAACCCUCCUCAAACAGCUCACACCUGGCUCUGCAGGACAGUUACAGGUUUGCCAAUAGGUCCCCCCACCAUCUCAGCCCCGGGUCACACCAAAACCAACUGCCUGGUCCCUCCACUCUUCUUACCCACCAUCCCACUGGCUUAUCCCUAAAGACCAGCACAGCUCUGAGUCAUCCCAGUCACACUCCUGUAGUAAAAACAGACCACCACCCAGGUUUUAGUGGUCAGAUCCAAAUGGUGUACUCUCCGUCAUACAACAAUGAUACACACAAAUCCGCCAAGCAGACCAACUCCUGUCACCUGAUGCAAACCCCAGUGUUUGAUGACAGCUUUGCUCCAACAUUUACCACUCAGAAUGGACUAGACAUCUCCCAAAGAGCUCUGUCGUCUGGGCUCACAGUAUACGACCUGCAAGGUGCGUCACAGGAUCUGCCGGCGCCAGUGAUGUCAGAGGACGCUUAUCUACAUGUCAGCGCGGUGGACCGUUGCCCUAGCCAGCUCUCCUGUAUCUACACUGAGGGUUGA